GGAAGCCCCUUGUCGGUUCCGGGUUUUCUGGGCUACUACGAUGGCGAUGAGUUUCGAGUGGCCGUGGCAGUACCGCUUCCCGCCCUUCUUUACGUUACAGCCGAACGUGGACACCCGGCAGAAGCAGCUGGCCGCCUGGUGCUCUCUGGUUCUGUCCUUCUGCCGCCUGCACAAACAGUCCAGCAUGACGGUGAUGGAAGCCCAGGAGAGCCCGCUCUUCAACAACGUCAAGCUACAGCGGAAACUUCCUGUGGAGUCAAUUCAGAUUGUAUUAGAAGAAUUGAGAAAGAAAGGGAACCUCGAGUGGUUGGAUAAGAAUAAGUCUAGCUUCCUGAUCAUGUGGCGGAGGCCAGAAGAAUGGGGGAAACUCAUUUAUCAAUGGGUUUCCAGAAGUGGCCAGAAUAACUCUGUGUUUACCCUGUAUGAACUGACCAGUGGGGAAGACACAGAGGAUGAAGGCGAUCACUGAGGAAGGUCAGAGCAGAAAGUCAAGCGUGAAGAACCGUGGUGGAACAGUGUUUUCACACAUAAAAGAGAUCUGCCUGCCUCUGCCACCACCUCCUGACCAGUAUUGGUUUAAUGCAUCAUCAGACUAACCAUUUCUCUGUCUCUGAAUUCCAUAAUGCAAAAGUUCUAAGUUGGUUUUUUUUUAAUGUUAUGUAUGUGGUUACCUAAAUGUUUGUAUAUGCACCACAUAUGUGCCUGGUGCCCAUAGGGGCCAGAAGGGGGUCAUUGGAUGGAUCCCUUAGAACUGUCAUGAGCUGUCAUGUAUGUGCUAAGAACCAAACCCCUUACCUCCGUAAGAGCAGAGAGUAUUUUUAACCACUGAGCUAUUUCUCCAGCCCAAUGCAAAACUUUUAAACUCUCAUCUAAACAUUUCAUACCAUUUGAAUUCACAAAGAGAACAACUCUUUGUUGGUGUGGAAGUUUGUAUAUUUUAUAGGAUUUUUCAAGGGAAUGUUGAGAAUUAUUACUGUAGAAGCCAGUUGAGGAACCAGCGUGGGGAUUAAGCUUGGAAUCUCAUUCCCUGCUGACUCAAGCUCUCUUUCACUGUUCCUUCUCAUAGAGAGCUCAAGAUUUGUGGGUGUCAGCUGAAGGUAUUGGGCCAACAUCCCCAGCCCAACCCCCACCCGUUUAAAAACUUUGGGUUUGUGCCAGGCAAGGAUUUGUAUGGUCUUUGAUUUUUUUUUUUCACAGAGUAAACACCUUCUUAGCUCCUUU